AUGACCUCCGACUUGCAACCUGAGCCUGAUGGACAGAUCGAGGUUUUUCGAAAUGAGGACGAGCUGAUCUCUAGCAUAUUGUAUUCCACGAGCACCAUCAUCUCUUCCUUCCAGGAGCUCGACAAGCAACAUACCGCCAUCGCCAGCCUAUUGAAGGCAGCAAGCAAGGUGUCUUCCAAACUUGACAAGUCUGGAACCCUUUCCAACAGAAACAUGCAUGGCUCGCUGUUGUUGGCCACAGCCGUAAUUGCGCAAGCCAACGUCGAGCAAGGCUUGGAAUUCCGCAAUGAAGCAAUUGGCCUCCUCUUGUUGGCCACAAACAAAGUUGUCGCUUCCAUCAAGAACACCGGAAACGUUCCUCGUGCUAGUACUCCAGGCCAGUUCCGCUUCGGCUACUAUGAGGACGACUUGGCCCGCGGAACGAUGAGAUCGAUUUGGUACAACAACAAGCUCGACGCUAUCUACAUCUCCAGGUUUUCCCAGUGGCGGGGUCUGAACCUCUAUGUAAAAAACCUCAUCAUCGGAGACACGAUCGUCCUCAACCCGGAUAAGUGCAGAGACGUCCUCUCGGGCGCUUGCUACGGCUGCGACAACUUGAAAAUUGCCUACCAGCCCCGCGGAGCUCCUAUCGUGAAGAGUAGAGCACCGAGUCAUUACGAGUUGGAGACUACUCAGCCAGUCUUUUACGACAUCAAAGAUCACGAGCGCGUCUGCGCUGAGCUGGUGGACUUGGACGAUUGGGAUGAAGGCCUGCUGAAGACCUGGGGUGAACACCAACUCGAACUGGAGAAGGUGCUCUACGAGAGCGCGGGCAGCUCCUUCAAGAAACUGGUCGGGUUUCGUGCCGUGGAGGUCUUCCGCAAGCCUCGCGUCAUGGAGUGA